AUGGCUGCGAGUGAUAUUGUAGCCGCAGCCAUCUUGCUAUUUGGCCUCAUCUAUGUGUAUGGUAAAUGGAAUGCUCCUGGGUCCAAACUGCGCCUUCCUCCAGGUCCGGCCCCACUCCCACUAGUCGGAAACAUUCAUCAAGUACCAUUUGAGCAUCAACAAAACGCAUUCACUGCCUGGGGUAAAAAAUAUGGCCCUGUUGUUUAUGCCAAAUUCUUGAGCACUCAGGUGAUCAUCCUGAAUUCCGUGCAGGCAGCGGAAGACCUGUUGGAGAGGAAGGGUGCUAUUUACUCGGACAGGCCACCUUCCAUCGUGAUCAGCGACAUGAUCGGGUAUAAGCCAAUCAUGGUAUUCCUUCCAUACGCGGAGGAGUGGCGUCUACAGCGUAAAUGGUUUCAAACCAUAUUCAAGUCGCUCGACAAAUACCGCCCCGUCCAGCAGCGAGAAUCAUUGAAGUUAGUAAAGGACAUAAUCGAAUCUCCCAACGCGUUCAUUCAGCACAUCAAGAGAUAUCCUUCUGCAUUGAUGAUGGAGAUCGCAUAUGGACGCCCCGUCUCACAUGCAGAUGAUGAAUUUGUCGAUCUCUCAAACAGAACUUUGAAAGAGGUGGUGGAACUCGGUAGCCUUGCGUCUACUGUGAUCGACUUCAUUCCGCCGUUGCAGUAUAUACCGACGUGGAUGCCGGGUUCUGGCUUCAAGCGAAGAGCUAUCAAGGCCUACGAACUGACGCAAGCGAUGAUAAACAUUCCCUACAGACAGGUCAAGGAAGAGAUGGAAUCGGGAUCUGCAAAGCCAUCAUUUUUGAAGACUCUACUAGAGGAGCAUUCGAAAAAUAGAUCCCCUACUCCUGAAGACGAAGCUCAAAUGAGAGGCGCAUCGAGCGUCAUGUAUGCCGCUGGCUCUGAUACUACAAACUCUGUUCUCCAGUCGUUUGUUUUAGCUAUGGUUCUCCAUCCCCAAGUAUUCCAGAAAGCACAGGAGGAGGUCGACCGCGUGAUUGGCUAUGGACGUCUUCCCGACUUGAAUGACGAAAACUCGUUGCCUUAUCUUGAAUGUGUUAUCAAAGAGGUCUAUCGCUGGGCUGCUACCGCACCUCUAGGUAUCCCGCAUCGUGUCAUGGAAGAUGAUGAGUACAACGGCUACCACAUCCCGAAGGGGUGUAUGAUCGUUGCGAAUAUCUCAGCGAUGACAAGAGAUCCGAACAUGUACUUUGACCCAGAAACAUUCUUACCCGAACGAUUUGAGAAUAUGGACGCGGAGGAGGCCGAGCUCAAGGACUCGCGCAGGAUGAUAUUCGGAUUCGGUCGACGGAUUUGCCCAGGUCGCCAUCUCGCCGACAGUAGUGUCUGGAUCGCAGCAGCUCGGAUGUUAGCAGUUCUUGAUAUUCGGAAGGCGCGCGACCUCAAUGGCAUGGAAAUUACUCCUGAGCCCAUAUUUGUCUCCGGAGCAGUCAGUCACCCUAAGCCGUUCAUCUGUGAUAUUCGACCGCGUUCUGACAAAGUAGUCGAUAUGGUCGAACAUAUGUAUGCCAGUGUCGUUGCUUAA